CGCAACUACGGGUCAGCAGGAAGGUCAGAAAGCAUUGUUCUCUGCCGGGCUGGACAGAGGCGGGAGGGUCCCGUACAUCCCGCGGAGGAUGGAGGACAAACCCCCCACCGGCAUCAAGCCCUACCUGGACAAGCUCACCCUGGGCGUCACAAGGAUACUGGAGACUUCUCCAGGAGUUGCUGAGGUGACAUUUGUGGAAAAGGAGCCAGCUGAACGCCACACUAUUGUUUCUUGGGAGCAAAAAAACUCCUGUGUAUUACCAGAAGAUUUAAAGAACUUCUAUCUGAUGACUGAUGGCUUCCAGAUGACCUGGAGUGUGAAGACCGAUGAUACCCCAAUGCCCCUGGGCUCCAUGGUGAUUAACAGUAUCUCAAAGCUGUGUCGGCUUGGGGGUUCCUCUAUGUACACUCUGCCUAAUGCUCCAACUCUUGCUGACCUGGAAGAUGACACAGAUGAGGAAGGUAAUGGAGACAAACCAGAGAAGCCACACUUUGAUUCUCGUAGUCUUAUCUUUGAAUUAGACCCAUGCAAUGGGAAUGGGAAAGUCUGUCUUGUUUAUAAGCAUGCUGAACCAGUGGUCUCCCCAGACACAGAGAUAUGGUUCCUGGACAGAGCUCUGUACUGGCAUUUCCUCACCAAAACCUUCACAGCCUACUACCGCCUGCUYAUCACCCACCUGGGUCUCCCACAGUGGCAGUACGCCUUCACCAGCUAUGGGGUCAGCCCCCAGGCCAAGCAAUGGUUUAACAUGUAUAAACCCAUAACCAUCAACACAGCACUCCUGUCUGAAGAAGCUGAUUACUUUGUGAACAAGCUGGACCCCAACAAGGUAUUUAAAAGCAAGAACAAAACUCCARUGCUCAAGAAGAAACCAUCCUCACAGCCGCCAGGCUCCCAAAAGAGUCACACAAGCAUGACCACUGCCAAGACAUCCUCACUAGCUGGGAAUUCUUCAAAGAAGUGAGCCCACCAAAUCUGACCSUGGACAAUGUUUGCAAUAAGCUUUAAUGUUUUCUGCUGCAGAGCCUCACUGGUUCAGACCAAGUUCCUUGUGCAUGAAUAGAUGUGCCCAUGGAAAACACAUUGAGCAUUUGCAUGAAAUAUAGCUGCAAUGUGGAUGUAGUUCCUGGAGACUCUUAGAAAAACACUUGAGAUUUUAUUCCCUUCUGCUACUUGCAGCACAUAUUUUUMAGAGGGCAUGAAGGAACCCUUGAUGUCACUGUUCCAUAGGGAAGCUUCUGUUCCUGUACAAGUGCAGCAGUGAAAUGAAAGCAAAUGUAAUUCACCAUUACUUUAACGGACCCAUGCUGAAGAUGRAAGAUAUUUCUGCCAUGUCCUUUGAAAGAAAACUGUCCUGACCUUGCAUGCUGUGGGAGCAGGCUGGAGCCCACUGAACAGAGAAGUAUCUUUCACUCCAGAUAGAAUCAAACUCUGCACUUCCCUGUGCUCCUUCCAGCUUCUGCUCUGGGAUUUGUAGUGUGAUGGACCACUUGCWCUACAGCCCAGACCACUUUUUGGCCUUUGUGCUGUAUCUUUUCAGAUGGCUUUGUGAUUUGCAAUAAUCCUGAAGCAGCCAGAACCUGCAAGAUCCCUUAUUGCCUCCCUUUUGUGGGAGCCACUGAGCAGAGUUGAAUCCCAUCAGCUAGAAGGACCCCUUGAUUUGUCACACAUUCAUUUGCAAAGCUGACCAUUGAAACAGCCUUUGACACUUUCCAGUUGGGCAGGAUCUCACCAGAGGCCACUGAGAUGCUACAGCCUUUAGAAGCCCCUGAUGCUGUUUUCUAUACUGUAAGUUUUCAGGUUAGACUGCACUUUAACCCAUUCACUGCUGUUUUUCAGUUACACCUGAUUGUUUCCAUUACUUUUCUAUGCUAUUCUGUCUUCCAAAUAAGCUGGAAUCAUGGUAGCACCCAGCACAUUUCGUGCCUAAAUAUGGAAAUCAAAGUCACUGUCUUCAAAUAAGCAUUGACUAUUUAAGCAGCAUCAUCUUUAAUUUUUGAAACUACCACAUAAUUACACAAGACAAACCUACCUCACAGGAAUGUUGUGAGGCUUUCAUGAGUAUUUGUAUGGCCUUCAGAAAGAUGAAGGCAUCCUGUAAGUGCUUAAUAGUGUUUUAAUAAAUAUUUGAGUAUUUUCCUCCA